UAUUAAAAUUUUUUAUUAAUUUUUAUUAUUUCUCGGCUGGGCGGCGGACCCCCCCCCCCCCGGACCUCUCCCCCUCCACCCCGGCUGGAGGGGCGGCCGCCGAGCGACCUCCUUUCCCCUUCCCUUCGGCUGCACUCGGUAAUUAACUAGAGGACAGGUUUGCGUGAAGAAAAUCCUAGAAGGGGAAUGGGCCCCAUUCUCAUGAAUUCAACACCUGCAUUUCAAGGAAUGAUAUAAAGAAUAAAAGGAGUCUUCCGGAAACCGGCAAAGAUGAAUAUGGUGAAAAGGAUUAUGGGUCGGCCUCGACAGGAGGAAUGUAGCCCUCAGGAUAACGCUCUAGGACUGAUGCACUUGCGGCGACUUUUCACGGAACUGUGUCAUCCUCCUCGGCACAUGACUCAAAAAGAACAGGAAGAGAAGCUUUACAUGAUGCUGCCAGUUUUUAACAGGGUAUUUGGAAAUGCUCCUCCAAGUACGAUGAUAGAAAAGUUUUCAGAUCUCCUUCAGUUUACAACGCAAGUGUCAAGGUUAAUGGUGACUGAAAUUCGGCGGAGGGCCUCUAACAAGUCAACAGAGGCUGCAAGCCGUGCCAUAGUCCAGUUCCUGGAGAUCAAUCAGAGUGAAGAAGCCAGUAGAGGAUGGAUGUUGCUCACUACAAUUAAUUUACUAGCUUCAUCUGGACAGAAAACAGUGGACUGCAUGACGACUAUGUCGGUGCCUUCCACGCUUGUGAAAUGUCUCUAUCUGUUUUUUGACCUUCCACAUGUGCCUGAGGCAGCUGGAGGAGCCCAGAACGAGCUGCCUCUAGCUGAGCGGAGAGCGCUGUUGCAGAAAGUGUUUGUGCAGAUCCUGGUGAAAUUGUGCAGCUUUGUGUCCCCAGCGGAAGAGCUUGCUCAGAAGGACGAUCUCCAGCUUCUAUUCAGUGCAAUAACCUCCUGGUGUCCUCCCUAUAACCUGCCUUGGAGGAAAAGCGCAGGGGAAGUACUCAUGACCAUAUCACGUCACGGCCUUAGCGUCAAUGUAGUAAAAUACAUUCACGAAAAAGAAUGCUUGUCAACAUGUAUUCAGAACAUGCAACAGUCGGAUGACCUUUCACCUUUAGAAAUAGUUGAGAUGUUUGCUGGCCUUUCUUGCUUCCUCAAAGAUUCCAGCGAUGUCUCUCAAACGCUGUUGGAUGACUUUAGGAUAUGGCAAGGCUAUAACUUCCUCUUUGAUCUCUUACUCAGGUUAGAACAAGCAAAAGAAGCCGAAUCCAAGGAUGCUCUGAAAGAUUUGGUUAAUCUGAUAACCUCAUUAACAACAUAUGGGGUCAAUGAGUUAAAACCAGCUGGUGUUACAACAGGGGCACCUUUUCUGUUGCCUGGAUUUGCAGUCCCACAGCCUGCAGGCAAAGGCCAUAACGUGAGGAAUAUCCAAGCAUUUUCUGUCCUGCAAAAUGCCUUUCUGAAGGCAAAAACUAGCUACCUUGCACAAAUUAUCCUCGAUGCCAUCUUAAAUAUAUACAUCGCGGACAAUGCCAACUACUUCAUCUUGGAGUCCCAACACACUUUGUCCCAGUUUGCGGAGAAGAUUGCUAAGCUUCCAGAAGUACAGGCCAAAUACUUUGAGAUGCUUGAAUUUGUCGUCUUUAGCCUGAACUACAUACCUUGCAAAGAACUUAUCAGCGUCAGCAUCCUCUUAAAAUCCAGCGUCUCUUACCCAUGUAGCAUCAUUGCAAUGAAGACACUACUUAAGUUCACGCGUCACGACUACAUCUUUAAGGACGUCUUCAGGGAGGUGGGGCUCCUGGAAGUGAUGGUGAACCUCUUACAUAAGUAUGCAGCUCUUUUGAAAGAUCCUACACAGGCUUUGAAUGAUCAAGGGGACUCAAGAAACAACAGUUCAUCUGAAGACCAAAAGCAGCUGGCUUUGCUGGUUAUGGAAACGUUGACGGUGCUGCUUCAGGGUUCCAACACCAAUGCAGGUAUCUUCAGAGAGUUUGGCGGAGCCAGGUGUGUGCACAACAUAGUAAAAUAUCCACAGUGCAGGCAACAUGCACUGAUGAUAAUCCAGCAGCUGGUGCUGUCACCGAGUGGUGAUGACGACAUGGGUACCCUUUUGGGAUUGAUGCACUCCGCUCCACCUACAGAGCUACAAUUGAAGACUGACAUAUUGAGGGCCCUGCUGUGUGUACUAAAAGAGAGUCACCGGACGAGAACAGUUUUUAGAAAAGUUGGUGGGUUUGUGUACGUCACAUCGUUGCUUGUUGCCAUGGAGAAGUCCUUGUGUUCUCCGCCCAAGAACGGCUGGGAGAAAGUGAACCAGAACCAAGUGUUCGAACUACUCCACACCGUUCUCUGCACCUUGGCUGCAGCAAUGCGCUACGAGCCUGCCAACUCGCACUUCUUCAGAACAGAGAUCCAAUAUGAGAAGCUGGCCGAUGCCGUGAGGUUACUUGGCUGCUUCUCAGACUCCAGGAAAAUCAGCCCUUUGAACAUCUUCCCCUCCAACACCCAGCCCUUUCAAAGACUGUUGGAAGAUGACCUGAUCUCCAUGGAUUCUGUGUCGCCUACUUUGAGGCAUUGCAGUAAACUCUUUAUUUACCUCUACAAAGUAACUACAGACUCUUUUGACAGUCGUGCGGAACAGAUCCCUCCUUGCCUGACAAAUGAGACUUCUCUCCCCUCUCCUUGGGGAACACCAGCUUUGUCCAGGAAAAGGCAUGCAUAUCAUUGUUCUUCAACCCCAGCAGUAUUCCCUCCCAAAAAUUCUGGGGAUUUGAAGCUGCACAAAGGAACGGUGCCUCUGCAGAGCUUGGAUGCAGUCAUCAUUCACCCCGGAGCAAUGCUUUCCAUGUUAGACCUCCUUGUCUCUGUUGGGUCCACUACGCAGCCAGAACAUGCCCUGGAUCUUCAGCUUGCAGUGGCCAACAUCUUGCAGUCCCUAGUGCACACAGAAAGAAACCAACAGGUCAUGUGUGAAGCGGGACUCCAUGCCCGGCUUCUCCAGAGAUGCAGUGCUGCUCUUGCUGAUGAAGACCAUCCCUUGCAUCCGCCUCUCCAGAGAAUGUUUGAAAGGCUGGCCUCUCAAGCACUGGAACCAGUGGUGCUGAGGGAAUUUUUACGUUUGGGAAAUCCUCUGAAUUGUGGCGCCUGGGACAAAAAGCUAUUGAAACGAUACAGGGUGCAUAAGCCAAGCUCAUUAAGUUAUGAGCCGGAGAUGAGAAAUAGCAUGGUUACAUCAAUGGAAGGCCUGGGUACUGACUGUGUGUUCAGCUUACAUGAAGAUAAUCACUACAGGAUAAGUAAAAGCCUUUUAAAACCAGCAGAAGGAAGCACAGUACCCCUGACAAGAGUGAAAUGUUUGGUCUCCAUGACAACCCCACAUGAUAUUAGACUUCAUGGGUCGUCAGUUACUCCAGCAUUUAUUGAAUUUGACACGUCUCUUGAAGGGUUUGGCUGUCUGUUCUUGCCGAGCUUGGCACCUCACAACGCGCUGACCAACAACGUAGUUACGACGGGUCUUACCGAUGGCACUGUGGUCAGUGGAAUUGGGACUGGAGAGCGACUUUUCCCACCACCCUCUGGUUUGAGCUAUUCAAGUUGGUUUUGCAUAGAACAUUUUAGCGUGUCCCCGAGUCAUCAUCCGGUCAGACUUCUUACAGUCGUAAGACGAGCAAACAGCUCGGAGCAGCACUACGUUUGUCUCGCCAUCGUUCUCUCUGCAAAAGACCGGUCGCUGAUUGUAUCCACCAAGGAAGAGCUACUUCAGAACUAUGUUGAUGAUUUCAGUGAAGAAUCCUCCUGCUACGAAAUCCUCCCUUGCUGUGCUCGGUUUCGUUGCGGUGAAUACGUCAUAGAAGGCCAGUGGCAUCAUAUGGUCCUGGUGAUGAGCAAAGGCAUGCUGAAAAAUAGCACCGCUGCACUCUACAUAGACGGGCAGCUUAUUAAUACAGUCAAGCUUCACUAUAUUCACAGUAGUCCUGGCGGUUCGAGUUGUGCCAAUCCACCAGUGGUUAGCACAGUUUAUGCCUAUAUAGGCACACCACCUGCCCAACGCCAGCUGUCUUCUUUGGUUUGGCGUUUGGGGCCAACUCAUUUCCUAGAAGAAGUGCUGCCUCCCUCAAGCAUUAGCACAAUUUAUGAACUGGGACCAAACUAUGUUGGAAGUUUUCAAGCGGUCUAUAUACCAUGUAAAGAUUCCAAGCCAGAAGGCCUCAGUCCCUGUCCAGUAUCUUUGGUACCGGAGGAAAAAGUCUCUUUUGGUCUCUAUGCACUUUCUGUUUCCUCACUGACUGUGGCAAGGAUUAGGAAAGUUUAUAACAAACUGGAUAGCAAGGCCAUUGCCAAACAGUUGGCUGUUUCAUCUCAUGAGAAUGCCACUCCAGUGAAACUGCUGCAUAAUUCAGGAGGACAUCUGAACGGACCUGCACGUACAGUCGGUGCAGCUCUGAUAGGAUACUUGGGAGUAAGAACGUUCGUCCCUAAGCCCGUUGCCACUACAUUACAGUACAUAGGUGGAGCAGCUGCCAUUCUGGGUCUGGUAGCCAUGGCCUCAGAUGUAGAGGGACUCUAUGCUGCCGUGAAGGCCCUUGUAUGUGUAGUCAAGAGCAACCCUCUGGCUAGCAAAGAAAUGGAGAGGAUCAAAGGUUAUCAGUUACUGGCAAUGCUGUUAAAGAAGAAACGCUGUCUUUUGAAUAGCCACAUUCUUCAUCUGACCUUUUCCUUGGUUGGGACUGUUGACAGUGGGCACGAAACAUCCAUUAUUCCAAAUUCAACCGCCUUCCAGGACCUCCUUUGUGACUUUGAGGUUUGGCUGCAUGCACCUUAUGAACUUCACCUUUCAUUAUUUGAACAUUUCAUUGAACUUCUGACUGAAUCCAGCGAAGCAGCAAAGAAUGCUAAACUGAUGAGGGAGUUCCAGCUGAUCCCCAAACUGUUACUGACUCUUCGAGAUAUGUCUUUGUCACAGCCAACUAUUGCUGCCAUGAGCAAUGUGCUGAGCUAUUUGCUUCAGGGUUUCCCAAGCAGCAACGACCUACUCAGGUUUGGACAGUUCAUCUCCUCUACUCUGCCUACAUUUGCAGUCUGUGAGAAAUUUGUCGUCAUGGAGAUGAACAGUGAAGAAAAGCUGGACACUGGAACAGAGGAGGACUUUGGAGGCCUUGUUAGCGCAAAUCUUAUUCUUCUGAGGAACAGACUGCUGGACAUCCUGCUUAAGCUUAUGUAUACAUCUAAAGAAAAAACAAGCGUCAACUUGCAGGCUUGUGAAGAGCUGAUUCGGACUCUUGGAUUUGACUGGGUUAUGCUGUUCAUGGAGGAACAUCUGCAUCCUACCACAGUGACUGCAGCCAUGAGGAUUCUGGUGGUCUUGCUGAGCAAUCCAACGAUUCUCAUCAAGUUCAAGGAAGGUCUCAGUGGCGGAGGCUGGCUUGACCAGACGGAUUCUGUCUUGACAAACAAGAUUGGAACUGUGCUCGGCUUUAACGUUGGCAGAAGCGCAGGCGGCCGAUCGACUGUCAGGGAAAUUAAUCGGGACGCCUGUCAUUUCCCGGGCUUUCCGGUUCUUCAGUCCUUUCUUCCUAAGCACACAAAUGUCCCUGCGCUCUAUUUUCUUCUCAUGGCACUUUUCCUGCAGCAGCCAGUCACUGAGCUGCCCGAAAACCCGCAGGUCAGUGCACCUGUCAUCACCAGCCGAUGUAAUCAGGGUUGCCAGUUUGACUUGGAUUCAAUUUGGACGUUUAUCUUCGGUGUUCCUGCUUCGAGUGGGACUGUGGUCUCUUCAAUUCACAACGUUUGCACAGAAGCUGCCUUCUUAUUACUGGGAAUGCUCAGGAGUAUGUUGAAUUCACCUUGGCAGUCGGAAGAAGAGGGUUCUUGGCUUCGUGAAUACCCAGUCACUUUGAUGCAGUUCUUCCGCUACUUAUAUCACAAUGUUCCUGACCUGGCUUCGAUGUGGAUGAGCCCAGAGUUCCUUUGUGCAUUGGCAGCCACUGUGUUCCCUUUCAAUAUCCGACCAUACUCAGAAAUGGUUACUGAUUUGGAUGAUGAAGUUGGAUCCCCAGCCGAAGAAUUCAAAGCGUUUGCUUCUGAUACAGGAAUGAACCGGAGUCAGUCAGAAUACUGCAACGUAGGGUCCAAGACCUACCUGACAAACCAUCCUGCAAAGAAGUUUGUGUUUGACUUCAUGCAAGUGCUGAUAAUUGAUAACCUCUGCCUUACACCUGCAAGCAAGCAGACUCCAUUGAUAGACCUCCUUCUAGAGGCCUCUCCUGAAAGAUCAACAAGGGCACAGCAGAAAGAAUUUCAGACCUAUAUUUUGGACAGUGUGAUGGACCACUUGCUGGCGGCUGAUGUUUUACUGGGUGAGGAUGCCUCCCUUCCUAUUACAAGUGGUGGAAGCUACCAAGUCCUUGUCAACAACGUGUUCUAUUUCACGCAGCGAGUGGUGGAUAAGCUUUGGCAAGGCAUGUUCAAUAAGGAAUCCAAGCUGCUUAUAGAUUUCAUAAUCCAGUUAAUUGCACAGUCGAAAAGGCGAUCUCAGGGAUUAUCGCUUGAUGCCGUUUAUCACUGCCUGAAUAGGACCAUCUUAUACCAGUUCUCACGGCCACACAAAACUGUUCCCCAGCAAGUCGCUCUCCUUGACUCUCUCAGGAUGCUGACUGUCAACCGGAACCUCAUCCUGGGGCCCGGGAACCAUGACCAAGAAUUCAUCAGUUGUUUGGCUCAUUGCUUGAUUAACCUGCAUGCAGGGAGCAGCGUAGAUGGGUUUGGCCUGGAAGCAGAAGCCAGGAUGACUACUUGGCACAUCAUGAUCCCUUCUGACAUAGAGCCAGAUGGAGUCUACAAUCAAGACGUUAGCGAAGGCCGCCAGCUUCUUCUAAAGGCCGUGAAUCGUGUGUGGACAGAGCUGAUCUACAGCAAGAAGCAAGUUUUGGAGGAGGCAUUCAAAGUAUCCCUCCCUGUCAACGAAAGAGGUCAUGUGGACAUUACCCUGGUGAAGCCCCUCGUCGAAGAAGCCAGUUUAAAGUGCUGGCAGAAUCAUUUGGCUCAUGAAAAGAAAUGUAUCAGUCGAGGAGAAGCAUUGGUCCCAACAACCCAGUCUAAACUUUCACGAGUCAGCAGUGGUUUUGGCCUCUCAAAGCUAACUGGAUCAAGAAGAAACCGAAAAGAAAGUGGGCUGAACAAACACAAUCUGUCCACGCAGGAAAUCUCUCAGUGGAUGUUUACGCACAUCGCAGUAGUUCGAGACUUGGUAGACAUGCAGUAUAAAGAAUAUCAAGAGCGGCAACAAAAUGCAUUGAAGUAUGUGACUGAGGAGUGGUCUCAAAUCGAAUACGAGUUGUUACGUGAGAGAGGAUUAUGGGGCCCUCCCAUUGGCUCUCACCUAGACAAAUGGAUGCUGGAGAUGACGGAAGGGCCCUGUCGAAUGAGGAAGAAGAUGGUGCGGAACGACAUGUUCUACAUUCAGUAUCCUUACAUGCCGGAUGCUGAACAUGAGACCAACAUGCUGUCUGACUUCUCAAGUAAACCUCCCGAGACACCUGACGAUACCAUUCCUCAAAAGAAACCAGCUCGCUACCGAAGAGCUAUAAGUUAUGACAGCAAAGAAUACUACAUGCGCCUGGCUUCUGGAAACCCCGCUGUCUUCCAAGAUACCAUCGAAGAAAGUUCUGAAGGAGAAGCCGCUCAGCAGGAGCCGGAACAUGGAGAAGACACAAUUGCAAGAGUGAAAGGUCUUGUUAAACCACCCCUGAAGAGGUCUCGUUCGGCUCCUGACGGCGGAGAUGAGGAGAACCAGGAGCAGCUGCAGGAUCAGAUUGCCGAGAGUAGCUCCAUAGAUGAAGAGGAGAAAACUGAUAACACAACUCUGCUCCGACUGCUAGAAGAAGGGGAAAAGAUUCAACACAUGUACCGCUGUGCACGAGUUCAAGGCUUAGACACCAGUGAGGGGCUGCUUCUCUUUGGUAAAGAGCACUUCUACGUUAUCGAUGGAUUCACAAUGACUGCCACCAGGGAAAUACGGGACAUUGAGACCUUACCUCCAAAUAUGCACGAGCCAAUUAUACCUAGGGGAGCACGACAGGGCCCAAGUCAAUUGAAAAGAACAUGCAGUAUUUUUGCAUAUGAAGAUAUCAAGGAGGUGCACAAAAGACGAUAUCUGUUACAGCCAAUUGCUGUCGAAGUGUUCUCGGGAGAUGGACGCAACUACCUUCUCGCUUUUCAGAAAGGGGUUAGAAAUAAAGUCUACCAAAGGUUUUUGGCUGUAGUUCCAUCUUUAACCGACAGCUCAGAAUCUGUGUCCGGACAGCGACCCAACACCAGCGUAGAGCAAGGGUCUGGCUUGCUGAGCACUCUAGUUGGGGAAAAAUCUGUCACACAAAGGUGGGAGAGGGGUGAAAUCAGUAAUUUCCAGUACUUGAUGCAUUUAAACACUUUGGCUGGCCGAUCCUAUAAUGACCUUAUGCAGUAUCCUGUUUUCCCGUGGAUUCUUGCAGACUAUGAUUCAGAGGAGCUGGACCUUACCAACCCCAAGACGUUCAGAACCCUGUCUAAACCAAUGGGGGCACAGACAGAGGAAAGGUUAGCUCAGUAUAAGAAGCGCUACAAAGACUGGGAAGAUCCUAAUGGUGAGACGCCAGCAUAUCAUUAUGGGACACACUAUUCAUCUGCAAUGAUAGUAGCUUCGUAUCUUGUGCGAAUGGAGCCCUUCACACAGAUAUUUUUAAGGCUGCAGGGCGGCCAUUUUGACCUGGCUGAUAGGAUGUUCCACAGCGUGCGUGAAGCCUGGUACUCUGCCUCCAAGCACAACAUGGCAGAUGUCAAGGAGCUCAUCCCAGAAUUUUUCUACCUCCCAGAGUUAUUGCUCAAUUCCAACAACUUUGAUCUAGGUUGCAAGCAGAAUGGCACUAAGCUUGGGGAUGUGAUACUGCCCCCAUGGGCUAAAGGCGAUCCCCGUGAAUUUAUCAGAGUUCAUCGGGAGGCUUUGGAAUGCGAUUUUGUGAGUGCACACCUACAUGAGUGGAUUGACUUAAUCUUUGGCUAUAAACAGCAAGGACCUGCCGCCGUAGAAGCUGUCAAUGUCUUCCAUCAUCUUUUCUACGAGGGGCAAGUGGACAUAUACAACAUAAAUGAUCCCUUAAAAGAAACAGCCACCAUAGGAUUCAUUAAUAACUUUGGACAGAUCCCCAAACAGUUGUUUAAGAAACCGCAUCCACCAAAGCGAGUGAGAAGCCGAAUGAAUGGAGAGUUGAUUGGGAUUUCUGUCCCACCCAGUGCUGCAAGUGACAAGAUCUUUUUCCAUCACUUAGACAACCUCAGGCCUUCUCUUGCACCAGUAAAAGAGCUGAAGGAGCCCGUGGGGCAGAUCGUGUGCACAGACAAAGGAAUUCUGGCCGUCGAGCAGAAUAAAGUGCUCAUCCCACCUGCCUGGAAUAAAACCUUUGCUUGGGGUUACGCAGAUCUCAGCUGUCGGCUAGGAGCCUACGAGUCAGACAAGGCUGUUAUUGUUUACGAAUGCCUGUCGGAAUGGGGCCAGGUUCUCUGUGCCAUCUGCCCAAAUCCCAAACUGGUCAUUACUGGGGGAACCAGCACGGUUGUCUGCGUGUGGGAAAUGGGCACUUCCAAGGAAAAAGCCAAAGCACUCACUCUUAAGCAGGCGCUGCUGGGCCAUACGGAGACAGUCACGUGUUUGACAGCCUCACUGGCCUAUCACAUCAUUGUGAGCGGAUCCCGUGACCGGACCUGCAUCAUCUGGGAUUUGAAUAAACUCUCCUUUGUAACCCAGCUUCGGGGUCACCGGGCCCCCGUUUCAGCACUCUGCAUUAACGAACUGACGGGGGACAUUGUAUCCUGUGCUGGCACUUACAUCCACGUGUGGAGCAUUAAUGGCAAUCCCAUAGUGAGUGUGAAUACUUUCACCGGGCGCAGCCAGCAAAUCCUGUGCUGCUGCAUGUCGGAAAUGAACGAAUGGGAUACUCAGAACGUUAUUGUGACCGGGCAUUCAGAUGGGGUGGUCCGAUUCUGGCGGAUGGAGUUCCUGCAGGUCCCAGAAACACCAGCUCCUGAACCCGUGGAGGUACUUGAGAUACAGGAAGAGUGUCCAGAAACACAAAUAGGGCAGGAAGCCCAGGAUGAGGAGAGCAGCGAUUCUGAAGCGGAAGAGCAGGGUCUCAGCCAGGACGCAAAGCUGCCAGAGGGCCAGAACCAGCCGGGCAGCACCAGCCACAGGCCUCGGUCAGCUUCAAGCCGAGCAGCGGCAGCGUGGUCGGCGGACAGCAGCUCGGACGACUCGAGGCGCUGGUCAGACCAGCUCAGCUUGGAUGAAAAGGACGGCUUCAUCUUUGUAAAUUACUCUGAUGGGCAGACGAAGGGAUACCCCCACCCUCAGGUCAACCACCCGCAUCUGACUCAGGGGGAGCUACGGCAUUACAGCAAGCUCAAGCCAGGCUACAGGUGGGAGCGUCAGCUAGUAUUUAGGAGCAAGCUCACUAUGCACACCGCCUUUGAUCGCAAGGACAACGCACAUCCUGCAGAGAUCACAGCACUAGGCAUUUCCAAAGACCACAGCAGGAUUCUUGUAGGCGACAGCAGAGGCCGAGUUUUCAGCUGGUCAGUGAGUGACCAACCCGGCCGUUCCGCCGCUGACCACUGGGUGAAAGACGAGGGGGGAGACAGUUGCUCCAGCUGCUCCGUGAGGUUCUCUCUCACUGAAAGACGUCACCACUGCAGGAACUGCGGGCAGCUCUUCUGCCAGAAGUGCAGUCGCUUCCAGUCUGAGAUCAAGCGUCUGAAGAUCUCCUCCCCGGUGCGGGUGUGCCAGAACUGUUACUAUAACCUGCAGCACGAGCGAGGCCCCGAAGAGGGGUCCUGGAAUUAGCAGGGCGUCAGCCGCACCAUGCGCCGGCAGGGGGCCUCCAGAACUCAGUGACUUCGCGGCAGGAACGAGUAGCACAUUCACAAGGGGACUGCAGUGCUGGCCCUUCACACGUUUCAUCUUCAGACUCGUGUGCCAAAAGCACCGCAAGAGAAAAGGGAUCAUUGACUUCAAACGUCCAUCGUCAAGAGAUGGGGAUGCAGAGAGUCACACGGCCCGUGAGUGGCAGCGGGGAGACGAGUGGGUCGCGGUGUCUGCAGUUGAGCUCCCGAGACCCACUCUUCCCAGCCAGCGCGGCUCCAAGGAAAACAUGCCCAUCCUUUUCACCAUCUCUUCUUCUGUCUUGGUUUUGUAGAGCUAGUCACCUUAUUUGUGUUGCCGGAAGGAGGCAGCUUUUUAGAAAAUAGUUGUAAAUCUGCUGCCUUUGUGAGCAAACUGUGGAUACUGUAAAUAGAUAUAAUGGCCUUUUUAUCUAAAUGCGAACCUAACUGCCUGUUACAUGGGACUUCAGACCAACCACUAUACUUCAGCUCAUCUGUCUACUUAAAUACGAAUUAUUUUGUUUUAUAAAAACAAGGGGGGAAGCAUCAAGAGGCAUUAUUAUUAUUUUUGGUUUGAUUUUUCCUUUCUUUCCAAUCCCAGCUGCAUGUUUGUCUUUUUAAAGUUACUUAUGUUAUCUUAAUUUAAACCAGGCUCUUCGGAGAGAAAAGGGAAGUUUAAAAAAAAAAGAAGAAGAACAAAACCCAAUCUGUUUUCUCAUGUUGGGGGGAAUAGUUUAUUCUCAACUGUAAGAUAACAAGGACCUUCUUUGGUUGUGUUACUUUUUAUACUGAAGCUCUUCAGCGCCUCUGUCUUCGUAUUUAAUAAGGUCUCUUUUUAUACAGAGCAGACCCUGCCUUUGGACUCAUUCUUUACCACUGCAGCGAUCAGCUGGCCCGGGUAUCGCAAAGGCCGGCUCUGACCCUAGAUAGUAGUAAAUGGCUUGCAUGAGAAACACUUAGUCUCCCCCCCCCCCCCGCCCCAUGACACGCACACACACUGGAGAAGAAAAUGAAAUAGUUGCAAUACAUGCUGUAUUUUUUUCCCUCUUAGGUACUGGCUGCAGAAACAGCUUGCAGUCUUUGCUCUUAACAACUGGAUAACGCUAAUUCUAGGCAUGAUUCACAUUUCUGGUGCACAGCCCCUCCCCCUACAUGAAUGGGAGUCUUGUGAGACCAGUGGCCCAUUUUCCACGCACUUCAAUGAGACUUGCUUCCCUGCAGCCUGCCCACCCUCCACUGGUACACCAUUAACUUCGAAGCAUUAACUUUCACUAAAGGCAUUCUUAUCUUGCAGGUUGGCAUUUAAGAUCUAAAAUGUGUGUCUCUCUGUUUGAAGCAACUCUCUUUCUCAGUGCUAGAGACGCCUCGACUUCACAGAUGGAGAGGGAACCUCACGCAGCUGAUUCAACCCACGGACAUGAGGUUUUCCAAAGGGGGGGGCGUGGCUUAUUUUGUUCAGUGCAAAGUAUAUGGAUAUUCUGUAAAUGGGUGAUGAGAUAUGUUGCUCUUAAGAACUUGUUAGUCGUGGUCCACAGGAGACCCGCUGUGGGAAAAGAAAGGUCACGAAUCUCCACCCCCCCAAACCGCCGCCCACUGGGAAGUGAAACCAAAGGGACGUGACCUUGGGAGGUGAAACAGCGGGAAAUUGGGAUUGGUAUCACUUUGGGGGGAAACAGCAGGAGGCUUUCCAAUGGCCUGCAUAUCUUGCACAGGGAAAAGGGGAGCCUUCUACCUCACGGCUCUUGACAAAGCCGUGCUCCCUUUUUCAGCAGUAAGCACAUCUCACUGGCAUUUGGGUCCCCUUAAUCUUCCUUGGUAAGAAGAGAGAUUGAUGCACUGAUUAAAACAUUACCAAUGUAUUUUGAAAAUGGUGUCUUUUUAACAGCCCUGACAGGCAGAUGAAUUGUGUUUGAAAUUGUCUAAAAGCUCCACUCAGUCCUGAGCAUUUCGAUUCCUUCAGUAAAUUCACUUAGUUUAACUUCAGAAGUCUGUCUCUUUAAACCUGAAAGGAGGUGGGGGGAACAAUCCAGUUUUUAUUAUUCCAAAUGAAAUUCUUAGCACUGGAAUAGCAACAAUGCAACUAAUGCUGGGUCAUUAGAAGAAGGCAGGAUUGUUGUAGAUGUUUACUGUGUCCUCUCUUUUGUAAAAAGUUGGGGGCUUUUUUGAGCGAGUGUUAACUUCAUAGACACCUUGUACCAGUGUUAUUUUACGCUUUCAACAUUUGGCGCUCUUCUCUAACGGAAGGUCAUCCCUCCCCAUCCCCAGCCCGGAUGAUGGUGUUAAACUUCUAGUUGGUGUCUUUGAAGUUUGGUGUAGGUUGCGCACCUGUGCCUGCUUAGUCAGGAGUGAAUCCUACACAUUUGUAUAGCCAACAGGGCACGGUGACGGCAGAAGUCUCCUGCUGGUGAGAUUAGGGGCACUUGGCUCAACUGCAUCGCGAUUACACUGCCCAUGCUCCAUUCAUUCUAGCAGCUACUUGCCUAAAACUGUUCUUACAAGGAACAGCCCCGCUCUUUGUGCAGGUGGGCCUUGCCAGCAGCUGGUAUGGGCACGUAUGGCUAAGUUGAACCUCCUUUAACAAAACUCACAGACUUUCGUCAGAGCGGGGAGGGAAUUCUGGACUAACUAGUCUGGCGGGUGCUGGCUACUUCACACUCCACAGCCUUCUGUUUCUCCGAGGGGCAAUUGAUGUGUUUGCAUCAAAACUCCUUGCUGUGGCAGAAGCAUUCCACUGGCUCGUUCCUCUACCGAGAACCUCACAUCUCUCCUCUGGCCUCGUCCCUUAGUGUGUUACUUUUGCAGGGGCAUCCAGAUGUCCUCUUUCUGUUUGUAGUGGCUGUAGCGUUCGUGCUUACAAAGACGAGAUUGGCUGCCUCUCGCCUUCCAUCAGUCCAAUAGCAAAAACACUUUAGAAAUGUUAUUUUGCACUUUCUCAUGUAUAAAAAAAAAAUCCGUAGAAACUUAUUUUUUGGCUUUGUAUCAUUCAAAGACUCCUUUUUUGUUUUAGUAAAUGAACUGUGUAUAAAAAUAUUUAUGCAGUUAAAACUGUUUUUAGAAAAUAUUUUUAAUUUCAGCAAGUUUGGUUACUUGUUGCAUGACUUAACACAACUGACUUUUUGUGUCAGUACAAUGUAUAUUUUUUGUCCUGUUAUUAACUGGUAAUGCGCCCUAGGUAAAUGGCCAUUUAUUUGUACAGCAACCGGAGUAAACUAAAGAUAACUGGCUAUAACUGGAGGGGUGGAAUUUUGUACUAUAUUGCAGAAUCCAAUUUUGUUUUUUUGGUGGUUAUGUAAAAGGCCUGAAGAAUUACUAUCUAGUGUGCAAUCUGUGAUAUCUGAAUGUUUAUUGUAUAUUUGUCUCCAAUGCAAAAAGGUAGAGUAACACAACUACAAUACAUGAUUAAAUGCAAUAGUUCAGGUACUUUUUUUUUUCAUUUCAAAUAAAUACUUGCUAUUUACCACCA